AUGGAGGAGGAGAGAUUUGAUUCACCUUCACGUAUUGUGACGUAUUAUAAGGGAGGUAAUUCUUUUUCGAGGAGUUUAAAAGAGUUGGGUGAGAUGAUGGAGAUAUAUGAGAAUGCACUAGGGAAUAGUCGUUAUCUAGCUGGAGAUGAAUUCACACUUGCAGAUCUCUUCCAUCUUCCCAGUGUUCAUAACUUGCUCAGUAUCACUCAAAUUGCUCCGCUAUUUGCUUCUCCAAACCUUUCCAGAUGGUCCAACGAUAUCUCCUCUCGUCCUUCUUGGAAGAAGCUUCUUCAAAUUCGCAAAGAAUACUUAAAGAGGAAUUAA